UCCAUUGGCGCGUUCUGAUUGGAUACCGUGAUGCGGGUUCCAGCCGGCUGCGGCCUAGGGAGGGCACAGCUUCGCAUCAGCGCGUCUGCGCGAACAGUCCUCUGGGGUGACUUUCAAGAUGAAUUCAACCCUAAAAGCAAGUGAAAUUCGAGAGCGAUUUAUAGAUUUCUUCAAAAGAAAUGCACAUACCUAUGUUCACUCAUCUGCCACCAUCCCAUUGGAUGACCCCACUCUACUCUUUGCCAAUGCCGGCAUGAACCAGUUCAAACCCAUCUUCCUGAACACAAUUGACCCAUCCCACCCUUUGGCAAAGCUGAGCAGAGCUGCCAAUACUCAGAAAUGCAUCCGGGCUGGGGGCAAGCACAAUGACCUGGACGACGUGGGCAAAGAUGUUUACCACCACACCUUCUUUGAGAUGCUGGGCUCUUGGUCCUUUGGAGAUUACUUCAAGGAAUUAGCAUGUAAGAUGGCUCUGGAACUUCUCACCCAAGAGUUUGGCAUUCCAGUUGAUAGACUCUACGUUACUUACUUUGGAGGGGAUGAAGCAGCUGGUUUAGAACCAGAUCUGGAGUGUAAACAGAUCUGGCAAAAUUUGGGGCUGGAUGAUAGCAGAAUCCUCCCCGGCAACAUGAAGGAUAACUUCUGGGAGAUGGGUGACACCGGCCCAUGUGGUCCCUGCAGCGAGAUUCACUAUGACCGGAUCGGUGGCCGGGAUGCUGCGCACCUUGUCAACCAGGAUGAUCCCAAUGUGCUCGAGAUCUGGAACCUUGUGUUCAUCCAGUAUAACAGGGAGACUGACAGCACCUUAAAACCUCUUCCCAAGAAAAGCAUUGACACAGGGAUGGGCCUGGAGCGACUGGUGUCCGUGCUGCAGAAUAAGAUGUCCAACUACGACACCGACCUUUUUGUUCCCUACUUCGAAGCCAUUCAGAAGGGCACAGGUGCCCGUCCUUAUACUGGGAAAGUCGGUGCUGAGGAUGCGGAUGGGAUUGACAUGGCCUACAGAGUACUGGCUGACCACGCUCGGACCAUCACCGUGGCACUGGCCGACGGUGGCCGGCCUGACAACACAGGGCGGGGAUAUGUGCUGCGACGGAUUCUCCGCCGGGCUGUCCGGUACUCCCACGAGAAGCUCAACGCCAGCAGGGGUUUCUUCGCCACGUUAGUUGACGUUGUUGUCCAGUCCCUGGGAGAUGCAUUUCCCGAGCUAAAGAAGGACCCAGACUUGGUGAAGGACAUUAUUAAUGAAGAGGAAGUGCAGUUCCUCAAGACUCUCAGCAGAGGACGUCGCAUCCUGGACCGGAAAAUUCAGAGCCUGGGAGAUUGCAAGACCAUUCCGGGCGACACUGCAUGGCUACUCUAUGACACCUACGGGUUCCCGGUGGACCUCACUGGACUGAUUGCUGAAGAGAAGGGCCUGGUGGUCGAUAUGAAUGGCUUCGAAGAAGAGCGGAAACUGGCCCAGCUGAAGUCACAGGGCAAGGGGGCUGGUGGUGAAGACCUCAUUAUGCUGGACAUCUACGCUAUCGAAGAGCUGCGGGCAAAGGGCCUGGAGGCCACAGACGACUUCCCGAAGUAUGACUACCACUCAGACCCCAGUGGUGGCUAUGUGUUUGAGAGUGCAGUGGCCACAGUGCUGGCUCUGCGGAGGGAGAAGAUGUUUGUGGAAGAGGUGUCCACAGGCCAGGAGUGCGGAGUGGUGUUGGACAAGACUUGUUUCUAUGCCGAGCAAGGGGGCCAGAUCUACGACGAAGGCUACCUGGUGAAGGUGGACGACAGCAGCGAGGAUAAAACUGAGUUCACAGUGAAGAACACUCAGGUGCGAGGAGGGUAUGUGCUGCACAUAGGAACCAUCUACGGCACUCUGAAAGUGGGUGAUCAGGUCCGGCUGUUUAUUGAUGAGCCGCGGCGCAGACCCAUCAUGAGCAACCACACAGCCACACACAUUCUGAACUUCGCCCUGCGCUCGGUGCUUGGGGAAGCAGAUCAGAAAGGCUCACUGGUCGCUCCCGACCGCCUUCGGUUUGACUUCACUGCCAAGGGAGCCAUGUCCACCCAACAGAUCAAGAAGGCCGAGGAGAUGGCUAACGAGAUGAUCAAGGCAGCCAAGCCUGUCUACACCCAGGACUGUCCCCUGGCAGCAGCCAAAGCCAUCCAGGGCCUGCGAGCUGUGUUUGACGAGACCUAUCCUGACCCUGUGCGAGUCGUCUCCAUUGGGGUUCCGGUGUCCCAGCUGUUGGACGACCCCUCAGGGCCUGCGGGUUCCCUCACUUCCGUGGAGUUCUGUGGGGGAACGCAUCUGCGGAACUCAAGUCAUGCAGGAGCUUUUGUGAUUGUGACGGAAGAAGCUAUUGCCAAGGGUAUCCGGAGGAUUGUUGCUGUCACAGGUGCUGAAGCCCAGAAGGCCCUCAGGAAGGCGGACAGCUUGAAGAAAUCUCUCUCCACUGUGGAAUCCAAAGUGAAGGCCCAGACCGCACCAAACAAGGACAUGCAGAGGGAGAUCGCUGACCUUGGUGAGGCCUUGGCCACCGCAGUCAUUCCCCAGUGGCAGAAAGACGAGCUGCGGGAGACUCUGAAGUCCCUGAAGAAGGUCAUGGAUGACCUAGACCGUGCCAGCAAAGCUGACGUCCAGAAGCGAGUGCUAGAGAGGACAAAACGGCUCAUUGACAGCAACCCCAACCAGCCCCUGGUCAUCCUGGAGAUGGAGAGCGGUGCCUCAGCCAAGGCCUUGAAUGAAGCCCUGAAGCUUUUCAAGACUCAUUCCCCUGAGACAUCUGCCAUGCUCUUCACAGUGGACAAUGAGGCUGGCAAGAUCACGUGCUUGUGUCAGGUGCCCCAGAAUGCAGCCAACCGGGGCCUAAAAGCCAGUGAGUGGGUGCAGCAGGUGUCAGGCCUGAUGGACGGCAAAGGCGGGGGCAAGGAUGUGUCUGCCCAGGCCACAGGCAAAAACGUGGGCUGCCUGCAGGAGGCACUGCAGCUGGCGACUUCCUUUGCCCAGCUGCACCUGGGAGAUGUGAAGAACUGAGGGGAGGGUUGUUCUCCCUGGGAAGAUCUCCCUCUCACCCGGAUGCAUCAGUCCAGCCUGGAGCUCUCCAUAUGCCACAAGGGCAUAUGAAUUUGGGGACCUCAAACAGCCCCUUCUGUCCUCUAAUCCAGCAGUAACUGGAUCCUGCCUGGGAGCUACCCUGUGACUCUGUCCCUUCACAUUACUGCUGAGCCCAACACAUCGGCACCAUCUGUCCAAAACCACUACCCCACGAUUCCUGUUUAACAUCGCCAUGCUCGUGUCUAUAGAAAACAUCUCUGACCUGAAACUUCUGGGUCUGCAAAAGGAGGCCGUUUUGCCUCAGAAUAAAAGGACCAUGUGCAAUACAUGAGGACAUU